AUGAGAAUAAAUGUUCGUACACUCGAAGGAGAAUCAGUCACGUUAGAUGUCCAGCCCAAUGAUACAAUCCGAAAUGUGAAGAAAAAAAUACAAAGCGCAAAACGUAUUCGAGCACAAUGUCAAAGACUGGUGUUUGGAGAAGUACAGUUGAAAAAUAGCAAAUUAUUAUCGAAUUAUGGAAUUCAAGAUGACGCCACGAUUUCCCUUAUUCUACGAGUUGUUCAAGACGAUAAAACUAUUGCUGGUGGAUAUGGUGAGGGUGAUGCUGCUGAUCAACUCUCCUAUCCUUAUGGUCUUGUUAUUGACGACGACCAAACAAUGAUUAUUGCAGAUUGGGGAAACCAUCGAAUUGUUCAAUGGAAAAUAGACGAAAGAAACGGUAAAGUCAUUGCCGGUGGACAUGGAGAAGGAAGCGAACCAAAUCAAUUGAGUUAUCCAACCGAUGUUGUUAUUGAUCGUCAAAACAAUAAUAUUAUUAUUUGCGAUCGAGGAAAUCGACGAGUGGUCCAAUGGUCACGUGCAGAAGGCACUACUCAGGGUCAAGUACUAAUUGAUCACAUUGACUGCUGGGGACUAGCAAUCGAUCAUGAACGAAAUCUUUAUGUCUCGGAUAUCGAAAAACAUGAUGUUAAACGAUAUGUCAUCGGAAAUCCCAAUGGAACUGUGGUUGCUGGUGGCAAUGGACGAGGAAUUGGGCUUAAUCAACUCAGUCAACCAUCAUACCUGUUCGUUACCCCACAACAGACUCUCUAUAUAUCAGACACAUGGAACCAUCGCGUGAUGAAAUGGGAGAGAGAUGCCAGGGAAGGCACUAUCUUCGGUCGUGGCUUUUCACGAGGGAUAGCGAUCGAUGCGACUGGUAAUAUCUAUGUUGCAGACUAUGGAAAUCAUCAACUCAUACGUAUGCCUGUAGGAGCGAACGAAAGCACGAUUAUUGCAAUCGGAAAUAAAGAGAAGGAAGAAGAAGAAAAUCAAUUAUACUACCCAUGGGGUUUAACUUUAGAUCAACAAGGCCGCAUUUAUGUUACCGAUCAUUUAAACCAUCGUAUACAACGUUUUCCCACUACAUAA